UCCUCUAGAGUUCACAUCUGGGCCAUUCUCGUGCAGUUGCACAUUCUCUCUACAACUCAAACUCUGCAUUCAUCAUUCUGAUUUUGUUUUAAAAAAUAUAAAAAUCAGAUACCUUUUGUACUGGGAAAAUGAAAUAUUAUAUCUUUAUUUUAUUUUUAUGAGACCGACCUUUAUAAAGAGUAUAAUUACUGCGGUUUCUUGUUAUGUGGUGUAUUUUUUUGCUUUAAAAUCACUCACUCAUUGCCCCCAUUAUUAAAGAACUGUAAUUUCAGCAAGUUACUUCAUAUUUGAUUUGAGGAAGGCAGCAUAUUCUUUUAAAGGCCCAAGUUAUGUCUGGCGCUGAAUUGCACCAGAAAAAGCAGGGCCUUUUGAAAGACCAAGUCAGGCUGACUAAGAGGAAGGACUGUGACCGCUAUGAGAUUGUUCCAAUCCAACAGAAUUAUACAUUUGAGAAAGGAUUCUUUUUAUUCAUUCGUGCAUGCCAAUUAUUAGCCCAAAAAAAUGAUGGUAUUAUACUGGUAGGUUUAGCGGGUCCCUCAGGGGCCGGGAAGACUGUCUUCACAGAGAAGGUACUCCAUUUCUUGCCCAGUGUUGCUGUCAUAUCAAUGGACAACUACAAUGAUGCUAGCAGAAUUGUAGAUGGAAAUUUUGAUGAUCCGCGCUUGACUGACUAUGACACACUGCUGAAGAAUGUGCAAGAUUUAAAGGAUGGAAAAGCAGUUGAAAUUCCAAUUUAUGAUUUUAAAUCUAGCUCGCGUGUUGGAUAUAGGAGUCUUGAAGUCCCAACUUCCCGUAUAGUUAUUAUUGAGGGCAUCUAUGCUUUGAGUGAAAAGCUGCGACCUAUGCUAGACCUGCGAGUAUCAGUUACAGGAGGUGUUCAUUUUGACCUUGUAAAACGAGUUUUACGGGACAUCCAACGCGCUGGCCAAGCACCAGAGGAAAUUAUCCAGCAGAUAUCUGAGACGGUAUACCCGAUGUACAAAGCUUUUAUUGAGCCAGAUCUUCAAACAGCGCAUAUAAAAAUCAUAAACAAAUUCAACCCUUUCUCUGGUUUCCAGAGUCCAACUUACAUACUGAAGUCAGCAAAGAAGGUGAAGGAGGACCAGAUUAAGGCAGUUCUUGCUGAACAUACAGAGACAACAGAGCAGACUUAUGAUAUAUAUCUCUUGCCACCUGGUGAAGAUCCCGAAUCUUGUCAGUCAUACCUGAGAAUGAGGAAUAAAGAUGGAAAAUAUAAUCUCAUGUUUGAGGAAUGGGUCACCGACAAUCCAUUUGUAAUUUCUCCAAGGAUUACAUUUGAAGUUAGUGUGCGGCUUCUUGGUGGGUUGAUGGCCCUGGGAUACACAAUUGCAACCAUCCUUAAAAGAAGCAGCCAUGUUUUCUCUAAUGAUAAAGUGUGUGUGAAAAUUGAUUGGCUAGAACAACUAAAUCGCCAAUAUAUUCAGGUGCAAGGAAGGGAUCGGUUGGCGGUGAGAUGUGUUGCAGAGCAGCUAGGUUUGGAAGGUUCAUAUGUUGCACGUACUUAUAUAGAACAGAUUCAACUGGAAAAGCUUGUAGAUGAAGUUAUGGCUUUACCAGAUGAUUUAAAGAUGAAACUCAGUCUAGAUGAGGAUUUAGUUUCAAGCCCCAAAGAAGCACUUUUGCGAGCCUCCGCUGAUAGGGUUGCCAUGAGAAAUAAGCACCUUAAAAGUGGUAUGUCACAUUCAUAUUCAAAUCAGAGGGACAAAUCCAAGUUUCCUGGACUUGCUGACCGGAGAUAUGAUGAAAGAACUUCAGACUCGCCAGCAAUCCUAGCAAACCAGGGAAUCCUUGCUCAACUAUCAGAUCAGAUUUCGUCGCUAAAUGAAAGAAUGGAUGAGUUCACAACCUGCAUGGAAGAGCUGAAUUCCAAAUUGAAUCAUAAAAGCUCUCCCAGCCAACAGAAUUUGGCCCUCCAAGCUGAAGCUUGUAAUGGCACUGCUCCGACUUGGUACUUCCUCUCCGGUUUGAGCAACGGUUCUUUGACUGGACCGAAAUUAUCUAAUUCCUCAUCUUCCUCCCAGUUGGUCAAGGAAUCACCUUUAAUGGAGGAGAUUUCUGGAAUUAUGCGGGGACAACGUCAAGUCAUGCAUCAGUUAGAUGCGUUAAGUAAUCUCCUUCGCGACAACGUUGGAGAGAGGUCUCGGCAAGCAAGAACAAACAAGAGAAGCAUGUUUGCAGACUUUGAGAUCACGAAAGUCGCUCUUAUUUUGUCAGUUGGUGUUGUAGGAUUCACUAUAUUUCGGAGGAUGUUCUAGCCUAUACCGGUAGAGUUUAAACGGAUUCAAAUUUUCAUUUCUUCAACCUUAAGAAUUUUUCCAUAAUUCACUCUUUAGGAUCUUACCAAAAGGUGUUAUGUGAUGCUAACCACCCGGCAAAGUGAAAUGUAUUAAUCAUUGAGUAAAUUUAGGUCGGAGAAGUGGUUGGAGGGCAAUGAGGCUCUCCCUGCUAAUCUGUAAUGCAGCGGCUUGUGAUGUUCUACAUGGUAAACAAUAAUAGCAAAAAAUAAAUACAAAUUAAA